AUGACAGACCAAAAGAUCCCAGAUAACUUUCUCCGGGGUCCAGCCCCAAAUGCAACCCUCCACAAACUCGAUUUCGAGCAUACAUCCCCACCGAUCAGCGAAUUCAAAGGCCACUUCGCCGUUAUAGUGGACAACGUCUUGACCGAAGCGGAAUGCAAAGAGCUCAUCCGUCUAGCAGAAGAGUCAACAAGGACUCAACUCCCAGACUCAACCCUGUCGCCCCCUGCAUGGGAACAGGCGAUGAUCAACGCCGGCGGCGGCAACCAAGUAAUGUCCCUCGACUCGCGCAAAAGUGACCGAAUUAUAUUGGACUCGCCGGAAAUUACCGACAGAAUCUUGGAGCGACUCAUGCCUUUUAUACGCGAGUGUGAAAUCGACCGUGUCCAGAGCAAACCCUUCGUUACAGGUCUCGGGCCAGCGAAACGGGGUGAGGUGCUCCGUCUCAGUCGGCUAAAUGAGCGCCUUCGGUUCCUACGUUAUGAGGGCGGGGAUUAUUUCCGACCUCAUUGCGAUGGGUGUUAUGUUACCCCUGACGGGCUAGAGAGGUCACUUUAUACCAUCCACUUGUAUUUGAAUGGAGACGGGGAACAGGAUAUGGGAGAGCUGCAGCCUCAUAUUGACCAGGCGGAGAAGUCGAAUUUGAUGUUUGGGUUUGGAAAGGACUGGGAUACUGACCCUGUUGAGGUUGGGUCCGAGGAUGUUCAAGUUGGCGACCGUGGUUGUACUUUGGAGACUGAGACUCUUCUAGGCGGUGCCACCUCAUUCAUGGCUGGGGCGAACCCGAGAGAGGCGGUUCGGGUUUUCCCAAAGACGGGGUCUGUUCUCAUCUUCCAACAAAGGAACUUGUUCCAUGCUGGAGACGAUGUGUUUAGAGGUGUCAAGUACACCGUACGGACGGAUGUCAUGUACACUACCGAGUGA